CCGUACUUCGCCAAACACGUGGAGGAAACAAACAUGGCGGACAUGCUGCAAGUCUGACGGGUAGCAUGUGACACUCAUAUGGCUGAUAUCGUUUUCUUUCUUUUCUUUCCUCCCCCCUUCAUUUCCGGUAGGAUAUUUGGCACAUUUAUAAUAUUGUCAAUCACUAAAUUGACACUUAAUCAGCAGAAUCCGGAUUGUUUUAUAUAAAUAAAUAAAUGAAUAAAUAAAUACGCAGCAGUGUUGAGUGGCCAGGGCUAGAUGACUGCUGAGCACUGACUGUCACUGAAGUGUGCAGGUAUCUGUAGAGGUUCCUUUAGGGUUCUUCACUCCAUCAUGAAUCACCGUGAUGGUGGUGAUGAUGAUGAUGAUGAUGUGCCCCAGCUCUCGGCUGCUGCUCUGGCGGCUCUGCAGGAGUUUUACGCGGAGAAUGGAGCUGGACCCUCGGCUCUGAGAGACAGCUACACCGUGGGGGCCAUUAAGGAGGACUGGCGGAUGAGCCAGUUCUGGUACAGUGAUGAGACGGCCACACGGCUGGCUGAGGAAGCCAUACAGCAAGCAGGAAAACAGGGGAGAAUAGCAUGCAUCAGUGCUCCCAGUGUCUACCAGAAGCUGAAGCAGCUGGAAUCCGAGAACGUGGAUGGGUCUCGCCGCGUGUCGGCCGUGCUACUCGAGUUUGACCGUCGAUUCGCUGCAUACGGUGAUGAGUUCAUCUUCUAUGACUACAACAACCCGCUGUGUUUGCCUGAAGAUGUCCUCCCGCAGAGCUUCGAUAUCGUGGUUGCAGACCCUCCGUACUUGUCUGAGGAGUGCCUGAGCAGGGUGGCACUCACAGUGAAAUACCUCACCAAGAGGAAAAUCCUGCUGUGCACAGGAGCUGUUAUGGAAGAGCAUGCAGGAAAACUCAUGGAUGUGAAGAUAUGCCGUUAUCUACCCAAACAUAAUCACAACCUCGCGAAUGAAUUCAGGUGUUAUGUUAACUAUGAGUCAGGUCUCCUCUAGGCUUGGAGUGGAACUUUAAAGUACAGCCAGUUACGGACUGUUGAGAAUUCAGACAGCUUGAUUUGUCUUUAUUAUGGGAUCAUUUUGUCUGGAUUACCAUAUUUGGGUGGUGUGAUAUUUUCGUGCCUGACCAGCUUUCUUUUUUUUUCAUUUUUUAAACAUGGUUUAAUCACGAUUAACAUGAAUUGUACAACCUCAAAUCCAAAAAAGUUGGGACGCUGUGUAAAAUGUAAAUAAAAUGAUUUGCAAAUCUCAUAAA